AGUUUCAUUCGAAACGUCGCGCAGUGCAGAUACAGAUACAAAGCUAUCUCUGACUUCGUGGAACUUAUAAAGUCUUGAACUUUUUGGGAUAAAUUCAAAAAUCUCUUCUUGCAACGACGACGCACGAUUCAAUCCAAGUCGAAUUCAUUUCAACAAUUUUUGGUGUUCGUUUGUUUUGUUUGUUUUUUUUUUUUUCAUUUCUCGAGAAAUGAAUGCGUAGGACUUCAAGUGCGGGGUUAAACAUUAUUAUUUUACCAUUUUUGAUAAAAUACAAAAACGAAAAGAAAAGAAGCUCUCAAAAACCGGAAAGUCGUUGAAAUUGAUGUGUGGAUGUUGAAGUUGAUGUUGCAAAACGGUUACACUUUUUGUUCAUAGUGUCUUAAAGCCCCCCUGGCCAUCUUAACACCCCUUGUGGUAGUGAAGUUUAAAAAUAUAUUAAAACCAAAAAAAAAAGUAUCUACAAUACCUACCUGUCUGGAUACGUGAGAAAAGUAUCUUAAAUUCAAUUUCUACAAAAACAAAAACCGUAACGUUAUUGGAUAAAAAUCUUUGCAAAGAAAUUUUGUGUGCGUUUUUUAUUUUUGUGAAUAUUUUUGUGGAGGAUUUUGUGGCGUUGUGGAAAUAAAUAACGCAAGUAAUUUUAUUUCUUUUGCCAAAAAGUUGAUUUACUGUCAAGCAAGCUGCUAAAAUAAACCAACAACAAAAUUCAACAAACUUUUGGUCUCUGACAAAAAGUUUGAAUUCAAGAAAAGAUCCUUCCGGUAAAACUGAACCAAUCAUCAUGUCAACAACAACCUGUUCCCGUUUGCGUCCAAUGAUGUCCUCGACAACUACUAACAGUACCAGUGGCAAAUCCAAUAACACAGAAUCAUCGUUGACGCUUACCGUCAGUUCGCUGCGCAAUGGCGGCGGUGGCGGUGGUGGUGGCGGUAGUAGCAUAGGCUCCAGUGAGUCAUCAGAUCCCCUAGAAUCAGAUUACAGUGAAGAAGAUGCCGAAGUCGAAGAGGAAGAUGCCGAAAAUGAAGAUGAAGAACAAACUGAAGAUGAAGUCGACGACGAAGCUGACGAUGAUGACGAAGAAGAAGAUGUCGACGAUGGCAAUGAGACAGACGAAGACAGCAGUGAAAGUAAUACAGAAAGUAGCAGUGUAGAGACAGCCAAGGGCGUUCGACAGUAUCAUCUGGAUGAUUUUCAAAUAAUAAAAACAGUCGGAACUGGCACAUUCGGAAGAGUAUGUCUGUGCAAGGACAAACAAACAGACACAUAUUGUGCGAUGAAGGUCCUGGCAAUGGCUGAUGUGAUACGUCUCAAACAAAUCGAUCAUGUUAAGAAUGAAAAGAAUAUUCUUUCAGAGAUCAACCAUCCAUUUGUUAUAAGUUUACAGUGGUCAACAAAGGACGAUUGCUGUUUGUAUAUGUUAUUUGAGUAUGUGUGUGGAGGAGAGUUGUUUUCAUAUUUAAGAAAUGCUGGACGUUUUAGUAGUCAAUCGGCCAAUUUUUAUGCGGCCGAAAUAAUUUUAGCCUUAGAGUAUUUACAUUCACUGCAAAUCGUAUAUCGUGACCUGAAACCUGAGAAUUUACUUAUUAAUCGUGAUGGGCAUUUGAAAAUCACCGAUUUUGGAUUCGCUAAGAAACUGCGCGAUCGCACAUGGACAUUGUGCGGUACCCCUGAGUAUUUGGCCCCAGAGAUAAUUCAAUCAAAAGGACACAAUCGCGCUGUAGACUGGUGGGCACUAGGUGUCCUCAUCUACGAAAUGUUGGUUGGCUAUCCUCCCUUCUACGAUGAUAAUCCAUUUGGUAUUUAUGAAAAAAUCCUUGGUGGUAAAAUCGAAUGGCCUCGUCAUAUGGAUCCAAUUGCUAAAGACUUAGUAAAGAAAUUACUCAUUCAGGAUAGAACCAAACGACUGGGAAAUAUGAAGAAUGGUGCGGAGGAUGUUAAACGACAUCGAUGGUUUAAAAAUAUUAUUUGGAAUGACGUGUUGAAUAAGAAACUAACGCCGCCCAUAAUGCCCGAAGUCACAUUCGAUGGUGACACAAGUAAUUUUGAUGAAUACCCCGAAACGGAUUGGAAACCAGCCAGGGCUUUAGACCAAAGCGACAUGCAGCUGUUUAAUGACUUUUAAAAAUAUAUUUACAAAGAAAAAAAAUUAAAAAUUAUUAAAUAUAAAUAUAUACAAAUAGUUAAACCAAAAAUAUUUAAAAUUAAAAUUUGUGAUCGAUCGCACCUGAGGUAUAGUUUUUUGGGGGAGGACCUACGUUUAUAUAUUACAUAAAAAUAAUAUACAUGUUUUGAUUUAUUGACACGAGAGGAUUCGAAAAGACAGUUCUCAACAUUGUCAUAAAAUAAUAAAUCGCCAGCAUCUUUCUAUCCUCUUUUGUGAAUAAUAAUAUUAUUUUAUUUUAAAUUUAAGCCAGAAAAUUUAUGUUUAAGUUUUGUUAAGUUUAUUUAUUUAAAACAAUGUCCACGCACGAUAUUUUAAUUAUGUUUAAUUUAUAAUCCGCGAAAUGAUCUUUGUUUUGUUUUUAUAUUAUUUUCUAAGUGAUAGAAUUUUUAAUGAAAUACAAAUUUAAGAAAAUAAAGAACUAAUUUUUAUGUACUUACAUUAUUUUUUGUGUAAACAAAUUGUUGAUGGAAUUAAUAAAUGAUUAGUUGUUUUUUGUUAUUUCUAAAUUUGAAAAUCAUGAAUGUUUAGAAAAUCAAAAUUAUUAAAUAAAUGUAUGUAUUUAUAAAAAUAAAAACUCAUGAGGAUAAUUAUCAUAAAUUUAGAUGAAUUAUAAUGUUUAUUGAGUAGCAUGUUGCAUUUUGUUGUUAUUCAUACAAUUUAUUAUUAUACAUACUACAUACAUAUAUUGGAUAAAAAUACGAUAUUAGUUAUUUUAAGAUGGAAAAAUAAAGAUUUAAGUAAAUUUA